CUCAACUCUAAGACCUUCGGAACAUGAAAUCUGGGCGUGCACCAUUUUUGACACUUAAGCCAGCCGUCCCUUUCUUAGAAGACAUACGGUAGCGCUUCCACCCUCGCUCAAAUCUCGGGAAAGGAGGGGCGGAAGGUGGAUGUCAUCACUACGCGCCCGCCUGCCCGCGACGCACCGGCGGGUGGCGCAGCCCUUCGCUCGCCCGGCCUCCCCCUCCCUGGUUCCGCGCUCUGGUUCCGCCAUGGAAUCCAACAAGGAUGAAGCCGAGCGCUGUAUCAGCAUCGCCCUCAAGGCCAUCCAGAGCAACCAGCCCGACCGGGCGCUCCGCUUCCUGGAGAAGGCACAGCGGCUGUACCCGACGCCGCGAGUUCGCGCCCUGAUUGAGUCCCUCAGCCAGAAACCACAGACUGCCGGUGACCAACCCCAACCCACAGAUGCAACCCGUGCCACCCACAGGAAAGCAGGUGGGACCGAUGCCCCCUCGGCCAACGGUGAAGCUGGAGGAGGAGAGAGCACCAAAGGCUACACUGCAGAACAAGUUGCAGCUGUGAAAAGGGUCAAGCAAUGUAAAGAUUACUAUGAGAUCCUAGGAGUGAGCAGAGGGGCCUCGGAUGAGGACCUGAAGAAGGCCUACCGCAAACUGGCCCUUAAAUUCCACCCAGACAAGAACCAUGCACCUGGCGCCACUGAAGCUUUCAAAGCCAUCGGCACAGCAUAUGCGGUACUCAGCAACCCGGAGAAGAGGAAGCAGUAUGACCAGUUCGGUGAUGACAAGAGCCAGGCAGCCCGGCACGGCCACGGGCACGGGGACUUCCACCGCGGCUUUGAGGCUGACAUCUCCCCAGAAGACCUCUUCAACAUGUUCUUUGGCGGCGGCUUCCCUUCUAGUAAUGUCCACGUCUACAGCAACGGCCGCAUGCGCUAUACCUACCAGCAAAGGCAGGACCGCAGGGAGAACCAGGGCGAUGGCGGGCUAGGGGUGUUUGUGCAGCUGAUGCCCAUCCUCAUCCUGAUCCUUGUGUCAGCUCUCAGCCAGCUCAUGGUCUCCAGUCCACCCUACAGUCUGAGCCCAAGACCGUCCGUGGGCCACAUCCACAGGCGAGUCACUGACCACCUGAGUGUCGUCUACUAUGUGGGAGACACUUUCUCUGAGGAGUACACAGGCUCCAGCCUCAAAACAGUGGAGCGGAAUGUGGAAGAUGAUUAUAUCGCCAACCUCCGGAACAACUGCUGGAAGGAGAAGCAGCAGAAGGAAGGCUUGCUGUACCGGGCUCGCUACUUUGGUGACACGGAUAUGUACCACAAAGCACAGAAGAUGGGCACCCCCAGCUGCAGCCGACUGUCAGAGGUGCAGGCCUCCCUGCAUGGAUAGUCCCGGGCCAGCCACGCCACCGAGGUCCAAACUAUGAAAUCCCUGGAGAAUUUUUGGUGACAUGCACUGAGCCAAGGUGAUGGACUGUAUAUUUAAGGAAAGACAUACAAAGAAACAAAAUUAAAAUGGAAUUGGAGGCUGAAUGCUACACAGCUGCCCUCUCUCUCACCCAGUAAAUGCAGAAAGCUCUUAGGACAGACAGAAAACCUGCCACAGGGCUGCUUCCCUCCCUCCCAGGGCUGGCGGAGGCUCCGCAGCGGCCCUCUCCUAGGAUACGGAAACCAUGGCAACGAAAGUAGAAUGUAAAACUUGCAGCAGAUAUCAGUGGGAAGGGCUGGGGGAGGGGCGCCCAGCUGCCUUUCCUCUCUCCCAGGAGCCACCACCAGCCACCUCUCAGGAGAAACCAGAGGUACUGGCCAAGGAUAGAGAGGAGGAAGAAAGAGAACUCUCCAUAGAAUGUAAUUUAUAGAUGCGUGUAUAUGUAUAUGUAUAUAUAUAUCUAUUUAUAUGUAAAUAGACAUAUAUGAAGAUAUAUAUAUAUAGUCUACUUUUUAAACCGCAGGGAUUUGGUUAAGCUGUUUAGCCAAUUUCUUUCAUGUUUUAGAAAUGAGGCCUGUUUGGGGAAGGCACCCUGGUGAUGAUCUUGCCAGACGUUAGCUAUAGCUGGCAGCAUAAGGAGAGUCGCGUCAGAGCUUUUCACAGCCCCCCAAAACCCCAGCCUGGUUUUAAUGGCAGCAGUAAUUAUGAUAGCGUGAACCCAAAAAGGCCUCAGGAUUUUGAUUAAGCUGGAGAGGAGCAGGCCGUGGAGGGAGGGGCCAGGUCAUUAUUGAGUCACAGUAGAGGCCCUGUGACUCAAUCGGGCAGUCACACACCUCUUCCUAAACUCUGGUGGGCUCUUUGUCCUGGUGCCCAGGAGCCCUCCAGCCCCCUGCCCGCAGAAGGGAAGGCCUGCAGAGGGGCCAGGUUCUACCGAACCACUUCCCCGCCCCUAAGUCCCUCAGUGGGCUUUGCCUUAUAGGUGCCAUAGGGCACAGCUCCAUCAUUGCCACUGGUUUUUCCUAAGUCAUGCACCAAGGACUUCAGAAGGCUCUUCCUCCGAGUCAGCCGGUGGCAUCAGGACCCCAGGGCAGUCUCUUCGACUCCUGAAGAACAGUCAGUGCCCGUGGGCACCUCUGUCUUCACCCACCGUGGAUGUGACCACCAGGCCUCCUCUUGCACCUUGGACAAAGGAUACACCUGAACCAGGACAGUUUUCUUCCCCUCACCUUCAAAUGAGGAUUUUGCUGAAAACAGCACUUGCUGCCAGGGGAAGGAGGGAAGUUUGAUUGAUUCCCACAGUUUCUACUGGGCCUUCUGGAAUGACCGUGUUUUCCUGUGGCAGUGGGGGUGUCAAGCCCGCUGCCUUCCAAAGCCUUACUUCCCCAAGCUGCCAGCCAGGAGGUGAUAACCUCCCUCCCAGAGUUUCUCUUGGCUCUUUUUUUAAAAGUCCCCCAACAAAUAGGAUUCUUGCUGGGAAAGGAAGUUUGGUAAGGAAAUGUCAAAUCUGGUUUUUAAACAAGUCCCAUCCUGCAAUGAAGUGGCCACCUCAGCCCAGAGAGAGAUGAUAAGAACUGAUGUGGCCAGAGUGCCCACCCACGGUGGCCCCGGUGCUCUGUCCCCAACGCCCCGACCGUCUGGUCUUGGUAAUGUCCCUAGACGGGCUGAGCCAUGUGCAAUAAGAACAUAGAUCCUAAAGGAUCCCCCGGAAGCUGUAUUUCUUGAAUUAGAAUUCUGAAAUUGUACAUCUAUAAAUAUAUGUUUAUUAUGUGA